AUGAUCAGGUCGAUCAACGCUGUCAAAGCACCACUUAGGAGACUUCUGAUGACAAAGUCUCAUUUGGAAGUCCCUUCAUAUGGCAAGGUCAUUCAGGGCAGCAAGUAUACUCCCGAAUAUGCUCAGUAUCUGAGACUCCCCAAUGGUGAAGUUGGCUCGUUUUUCCAUGAUGUGCCUUUAGACCUUGACCGCGAACAGCAAACCGUAAACAUGGUGGUUGAAAUUUCACGUUGGACUAAUGCCAAGUUUGAAAUUUCUCGCAACCGCCCAUUCAACCCCAUAAUACAAGAUCAAAAAAAUGGCAAGGUAAGAUUUGUCGACAACAUUUUCCCCUCGCAUGGGUUCAUACAUAACUAUGGCGCAAUCCCACAAACUUGGGAAGACCCUACAGUUGAAAGCUCUCACGAGGGGGUUCGCGGAAUCAAAGGUGACAACGACCCUUUGGACUGUUGUGAGAUUGGGUCUUCGGUUCUCUCCAUGGGUGAUGUUAAGAAAGUUAAAAUUCUAGGAUCUUUAGCCUUGAUAGACAAUGGUGAGCUAGACUGGAAAGUCCUGGUGAUUGAUGUUAACGACCCGCUGGCAUCGAAGAUAAACAACAUUGACGAUAUUGAAAUUCACUUUCCCAACCUCCUUGAAGCAACUAGGAACUGGUUUAGAGACUAUAAAAUACCCACUGGCAAACCACCAAAUGAGUUCGCCUUUGAUGGCCAAUAUCGUGGGCUUACGGAGACCAUGAACGUCAUCCAAGAGUGCCAUGGCUCAUGGAGAAAGCUUUUGAGAGAUUCAGAAACUAACGACAGUUUACCACAAAUUGUUCGCGCUGGAUCCGGGGUUGUGAUCAAGCCUGAGGAAUUGCCUGACGCCCCAGUCCCUAAAGCGGUGGGCACUUGGCACUUUAUUAAGAAGGAGAAAGAUUAA